UUCCACCUUAGAGCUGUUUGCCAUUGACACUAAAGAGGAGAGCGGGUCGCGCAGAUAGUAAACGGAGUAGUCGACACAAUGCUGAAACGAAGUGUGCGCUGAGAAAAUAUAUAAAGAACAACCUUUAAAGUAUACUGUUUGACGUCUUUGGGGUUUACUAGAAACCAACGCGGUCAAAGUCAAACUCGGUACUUUAAGGUCCUUGGAACACGCAGAGACGCCCGCUGCAGCAGCAGCUAACUUGAGUUAUCAGUAUAAGGUACAGGUGUGUGGGCUCGUGGGUAGCUCGGUGACUUGUAGAGCAUUCAGAAGCCUCGGGGGCACAAUGCAAGAGGACUGUUUGUGAAGAACGACUCCAUCCACGUACCAUGUCUCUGGUAUUUCCACGACUCAGCACCAAAACAUUUCAUAGCAAGAAGGAAAAGAGAAUCAUGGCGGAAGUGAACGCAUCACCGCUUAAACAUUUUGUCACAGCAAAGAAGAAGAUCAAUGGGAUCUUUGAGCAGCUGGGGGCUUACAUCAAGGAGAGUGCUUCCUUCCUGGAAGAUGCAUACAAAAGUGAAGAGCUAGACCCGGUUGCCACAGAGGAGCAGGUCCAGGAGGUCGAGGGUUAUCUUGCCAAGGUGACCGGCAUUGGAGAAGUUCUAGCCCGCCGGCAUAUGAAGGUGGUUUUCUUUGGAAGGACCAGUAAUGGGAAGAGCUCAGUAAUCAAUGCCAUGCUGUGUGACAAGGUUCUGCCAUCUGGGAUAGGACACACUACCAACUGCUUUCUGAGGGUGGAGGGCACAGAUGGGAAUGAGGCCUUCAUCCUCACUGGAGGCUCUGAGGAGAGGAAGAACAUAAAGACAGUGAACCAGCUGGCCCAUGCUCUCCACCAGGAUGAAGAUCUGGAUGCUGGCAGCCUUGUUUGUGUCAUGUGGCCUAAGGCCAAGUGUGCUCUGCUCAGGGAUGAUCUAGUGCUGGUGGACAGCCCAGGGAUUGAUGUUACCACAGAGCUCGACAGCUGGAUCGACAAGUUCUGUCUGGAUGCUGAUGUGUUUGUUCUUGUGGCAAACUCUGAGUCCACACUGAUGCAAACGGAGAAGUCCUUCUUUCACAAGGUCAAUGAGCGACUUUCCAGUCCCAACAUUUUCAUCCUUAACAACCGCUGGGAUGCUUCUGCCUCAGAACCUGAAUAUAUGGAGGAGGUUCGUAGGCAGCAUAUGGACCGUUGCACUAAUUUUCUGGUGGACGAAUUGGGCGUAGUGGACCGAGCCCAGGCCAGUGACCGCAUAUUCUUCGUUUCUGCCAAGGAAGUACUUCAGGCUCGUGUGCAGAAGGCUCAAGGAAUGCCUGAAGCAGGUGGCGCUCUUGCAGAAGGAUUUCAGGCCAGAAUGUUUGAGUUCCAGAACUUUGAACGGCGUUUCGAGGAGUGUAUAUCACAGUCUGCAGUGAAGACCAAAUUUGAGCAGCAUACAGUGAGGGCCAAGCAGAUCUCUGAAGCCCUGCGUCACAUUAUGGAUUCUGUAUACAUUGCUGCACAGGAGCAGAGGGUCUAUUGUUUGGAGACCAAAGAGGACCGUCAGGACCGAUUAGAGUUCAUCGACAAGCAGUUGGAUCUACUGACCAUGGACUGUAAGUCCAAGAUCAAGAAGAUUACUGAGGAGGUGGAGAGACAGGUUUCUAAUGCCAUGGCAGACGAAAUCAGGAAGCUCCAUGUGCUGGUGGACGACUUCCAUAUGGACUUCCAUCCAUCACCAGUGGUGCUCAAGGUCUACAAAAAUGAACUCCAUCGGCACAUAGAGGAGGGCCUUGGCAAGAACAUGUCGGAGAGGUGCUCCACCUCCAUCAGCAGUGCACUGCAGACCACACAGAAUGACAUGAUUGAGGGUCUGAAGCCUCUGCUUCCCAGUGCCGUGAGAGAGCAGGUUGACAAGCUGGUGCCUCGAAACCAGUGCUUCAGCCUCAGUUAUGACCUCGCCUGUGACAAGCUUUGCAGUGACUUUCAGGAAGAUAUCAGCUUCCACUUCUCUCUGGGCUGGACCAUGCUGGUCAACCGCUUCCUUGGACCCAAGAAUACCCGACGUGUUCUCAUGGGCUACAACGAACAGGUUCCUCGCCCAAUGGCCUUGACACCGGUCAGCACCAGCAUGCCUCCAUUUCCACAAAGCGCCAUGACCCAGGAGGAACUCAUGGUCUCUAUGGUGACCGGUCUUGCUUCCCUCACCUCCCGUACUUCCAUGGGUGUUCUUGUCGUUGGUGGAGUGAUCUGGAAAGCAGUGGGCUGGCGUCUCAUCGCUCUGUCACUGGGCCUUUAUGGGCUCCUCUACAUCUAUGAGCGGCUCACCUGGACCACCAAGGCCAAAGAAAGAGCCUUUAAGAGGCAGUUUGUGGAUUACGCCAGUGAGAAGCUACAGCUCAUUGUCAGUUACACUGGAUCCAACUGCAGCCACCAAGUCCAGCAGGAAUUGGCUGGGGUGUUUGCUCAGCUCUGCCAGCAGGUAGACAUCACCCGUCAAAAUCUUGAAGAUGGCAUCACUGACAUGAACAGCAAGAUUGAGCUGCUGGACAGCCUCCAGAGCAAGGCUAAGCUGCUACGGAAUAAAGCGGGCUGGCUGGACAGUGAGCUCAACAUGUUCACUCAGCAGUAUCUUCAUCACAGCAAGUAAAACCAGGUAGAACAUCCUCAGAGGGAUAGAGUGGCACCGGAGCAAUGUUUAGUACAUCUGUUAAUGGUUCCUCACAGGUGUAUUCGAAGUCACUGAGAAAAUUACUAACAUUACUUUUAACAGAAGGCGUGGUUUGGAUAUCUGAAAUAAGUUGAAGGAGCUGCUAAUUAGUUGUCAUGUAGUUGUGUAGACAUGAUGUCUGGAUCAGUCUGUUGAGCUUGUUCAUGUUCAGUUGUGGUAAUGUGCAAAUGAACAUCAACUGGCUGUCUGUUGAUGGCUCAUCAGCACUGAUCAGUGACUUGCACCACCUUCUGGCAAAAACUCUGUCACACUGUCCUUUAAUGGAACUCUUCUUAACCUGACACUUUCUGCCUGUAUAGAUGUGAUUUUGUGUAUACAUGUGAACACUGGAGAAAUACAGAAGUAACACACUCCACCAGUGAGUGGGAAAAUGUGUGUGUAGUAUGUGGUAGUAACGAUGAUUCUCCAUGAUAUUCCAUUACACUCUUGGUUCUGAGUUCUGGCUCCUGUUCUGUGCAUUAUCAGCUUAUGUGUACCAUUUGAUGUGCAUUUCCUUUAUUAUUGCUACUGAUAAGUCACCACACAUCCGAAUGACUAAAAAGAUCAGAAAUUCUGCUUUGCAGUUAAAUAAUAAGAGAUUUUAUAUGACCUUUUAUUAUUUUUCUUGUGAAUUCCAUAUGCAGAGUCCAACCUCCACGUUGUCGGACUAAGCCACUCUUGCUCUUGCAGAUGUAAGGCUUUACUUUGAUAUGUCCCACCUGCUUAAACAUUGUUACAGAUAAACUACACACACUCGAGUGAGACGGCGUUUCCACCAUAACAACGAACGUCUGAGGAAAGACAAAGGGAUGUUGACCCAGCCUCCAGAGUCUAAUCGGAGCAAGCUCAGUCUUACCUUAAAGGAUCUGGGGUCAGACUUCUAGCUCCAGACAUUAGUGGACACUGCCCCCCAGAAGUCCGGUCCAUGUCUUGAUCUGUCAGAACACUUUGUUAUUAUUUAUUUAUUUUUUUCAGUCUCUUUAAAUCAGCUGGUCAUUGUUGCUCCGACUCGUAAAGUGACAGAGAACAGCUGCAGAGUUGGGCCCUUGUUAAGCUGUAGCAGUGAAUAAUAAGAUACAGCAGGUUUUGGAUACUCACAGAGUACUUGUUAAGAGCAAACAUUCACUGUUGGUUUGCGUUCUGAUUUCCUCUCUGAUUAGAAGAACAUUUAGAAACACUUAACCUGCACCAUUUAGCAGAAUUGCAGUAAAAAGACUAGAGCCACACAGUUGAGCUUAGACAAAGUGUGUGUGGGGUUUUUUUUGGGGGGGGGGCAGGCACUAAAGUAAAGAACAUGUAACUUUAUUAUAUUUUUAUUUAUUAGAGCUUCUUGAGCUGAUUUCUAGUCCCAGCUUCUCACACACAUCACAACAUCUUUGUGUUUGGUGCUUGGCUCUUCCUUUAACAAAGACAAAUUGAAAGUUUAGCACUGUGCAGUAUGUGUGGAGUAGCAUUUUUCACUUCCACUAAAUGUUGUGCUUUCAGAAGUGUGAGCAGAACUGGAACUGGAAGCAGUGACAAAGAAGAAACAUCACAGUAGAUGUGACUUAAUUGUCUACGGUUGUAUACAGACUGUUUGUGUUGCCAAAUGAUGCUGCUGUAAUAACCCUGUUUUUUUUGUUGUUUUUUUGUUUGUUUUUUUAGGGCAAACACAUGCUUUUCAUCCAUUUGCUCUGUUUCUUCUUUCUUUUGAUUUACCGUAAAUCUAUUGUACACCAACAGAACAGUUUUCUGCCUUUGGGACAUUGACAGUACCUGCAUGCAGCCUUUACAUGCAACUAGUGUAAUUUCUUGCCCUAUUAAAAUGUGUAUGUAUGUGUAAAAUUAAAUAAAGAGAAAUGAUCAACUAUA